AUCACGUGACAAAUAUGUACAGAAGUUACAGGACAGAAUAUUCUGUGAAAGAUUUCAUUUCCAAAUAUCAUACAAAGUUUCCCCUCCUAGCGGUCGUUACUCAAGGUUACCAUGGAAACAGUGAUUUGGACACAUUUGCUACCGGACAGGUAAUACGGAUACAUUCCGUGAAGGCAGUUCCACGAGUUAUUGGAAUAAUUGCAAACGAUGACUGCACCCGUACCACAAAAGCUUUAAGUUUACCGUUAUCAGCAAACAGAGACAUUUGGAUUAAAACAAGUAAAGGGAGACGGAAGUCACUUGCAAAAAUAACAAGGAAAGGACUACUACCAUACGAAGGUUUUAUAUCUAACGAUGAUCCGCUGGGCAAAUAUAAUGACGCUUCUUGUUUUCAUCAAAAGUCAAUACAACUUCUGCUCGAGAGACAAGUAGAGCUACGAUUUCUCCUGGGCAAUCCUGUUAGCGGAGUUGAGUUGUUGAACCGUAUCCUAGUCUUACCAGAGUAUUUACAAGAUCUACGUUUGUCUGUUGUAAUUGGGAUCGAAGGAUUGAACACAGAACAAUGGAACAAGUUACAAACCUAUAUGGUAGAAGUUGUACAAACGUACAUCAACUUUGACAACUUUAAUUUCUCCGAAGGUAUAAUUGCACUUCCGGACACAGACGAUGAAACACACACCUUACACACCUAUGAAUAUAUUUACUGUAAUCCCCUGAAUUCACAAGGGACUACAAAAAAAGAAGAAUACGAUAGCUUACAGCCAAAGCCUUUAAACAAUUCACAGGAACAUAUUUAUCAUACCAUUCCGGAUAAUAAUUGUGAAUAUCUAUCAUUUCAAUCUUUGGAAUGGAAACAGAUGUUGAAUAUGGGAGAUGAAAAAGACGCAACCGGAAGUUCAUUACAAAAUGCAGAAAAUUUACCGGAUAGCGAUUCGUCAACAACAAAAAAUGUACCUCCUCCAUUACCUCGCAAACCAAUCAGACAUAAGGUUGAAAUAUGUCCAGAUGCUGGUUUUGAUAAGAAAUGUCAUGCUUCGAACACAACACAUUUAGAAUCAGAGGAAACCGCUCAAGCGGCGGAUCAAAGUAAUCAAAUAACAGAAAUGAGUAUUAAAGAUAUUGGAAAAAUCUUGGAACGUCUAAACCUACAUGAAUAUGUGGACUCCUUUGCAGGCGCACUCGUAGAUGGGAUGAUAUUAAAAGAGUUUAAUAAAACGACAUUGGAGGAAUUCGGUUUUAAAUCAAUACAAUCAAUUAGACUUCUGAAGUUUAUCCAGUGUGGACAUAUCCCUAAAUAACUAACGUAAACUUUUCUGUAUUGACUAAAUAAACUAUAAAGAAGCAUCAUACAAAUGGGAGUCUUAGAAAUUAUAAAACCAGACUUAACCCACUCAUCUAAUUAGAAAAUGUUUGUAUCGAGUCAGCAAUCAUUUGUGUUCCAUUCGUCUAUUGGUUGAGAUAGUCUAAUGUUUGACUUUGUCAGGUUGUAUAAAGUUUUCCAGUUUUGAAUAUUUCUGUGGAGUUUCUAAUGUUUUACUGUUUAAUUAAUAGCGAUAAAUAUUCAAAUGCAACAUUGUUUAUAGCGUUCAUUUAGAUUGGAGAACAUCACCACGUCUUCUUCUUUUGGUUCAAUGCUCUAGGCGUGUUUUAUGAUGACU